UGUAAUCAUCUAUCUCAAUUUAUUUCUAGGUUACCUCCGCUCUGAACCUGGACGAAAAAGCGGUCAAAGGGGUAUCCACUUCACCCUCAUCUAUCUCCCUCCCUAUGUACUCUGCUUUUUAAGGAUCAUAUCCUUAAAACCUGAUGACAAUACUAAGUUUAUCACCAACCAUGCCGGAAUCUUUCUUCGUAGAAUCCGAAUUACCACACCAAAAAAGAUACAACAACAAAGAUGAAACCAAAAUUGUCUUCCCAACCGUUCUAAUCCCUAACCGCAAGUUAGGUGAUCACAAUCUGAAAAACAUCAUCCGUGAUCAAAAACCAUGGCUCGAAUCCGAACUCCACAAAACCGGUGCGAUUUUGUUUCGUGGGUUUUCUUCCGUUUCCUCUGCUUCUGACUUCAACGACGUCGUUGAAGCUUUCGGGUUCGAAGAACUUCCUUAUGUCGGCGGCGCUGCUCCUCGUACCAACGUUGUUGGUCGUGUGUUCACUUCUAAUGAAUCCCCUCCUGAUCAGAAGAUUCCUUUUCAUCAUGAGAUGGCUCAGGUUCCGAAGUUUCCAUUGAAGGUGUUCUUCUUUUGCGAAGUGGAACCGAAAGUUGGGGGAGAAACGCCUAUAGUACUCAGCCAUGUGAUUUACGACAAGAUGAAACAGAAGUAUCCUGAAUUUGUUGAUCGGUUGGAACAACACGGAUUGAUCUAUACGAGAGUGUUAGGGGAAGAUGAUGAUCCUUCGUCCCCGAUUGGUCGUGGAUGGGUAUCCACGUUCAUGACCAAAGACAAAGUCGUCGCUGAAGAAAGGGCGGCGAAGCUUGGAAUGAAGUUAGAAUGGACAGAUGAUGGUGUGAAAACGAUAAUGGGACCGAUUCCAGCAAUCAAGGUUGACGAAACGCGGGGAAGGAAAACAUGGUUUAAUAGCAUGGUGGCAGCUUAUACUGGUUGGGAAGAUGCAAGAAAUGAUCCGGUGAAGGCGGUGACUUUUGGAGAUGGUACACCAUUGCCGGCACAAGUCAUACAUGACUGCCUGAGAAUCUUGGAGGAAGAAAGUGUGGCGAUACCAUGGCAGAAAGGGGACGUAAUGCUGCUUGAUAAUUUGGCGGUUCUUCAUGCUCGACGACCGUUUGAACCACCUCGUAGGGUUUUAGCUUCUCUUUGUCAGUGAGGAGAAGAAUGAUUAUGUAAGAGAUGCAUUUGCACCCUUUUAUAAACCUAGAAUAAAGUAAAAGCUUCAUCUUAUAAUUCCAUCAAAUAUGUUCUGAUUGCU